AUGGAAGAGCCCUCCUUUACAUCCGAUGGCGAUGCGCUUGAUUACUAUCGAAGCUUAGCCAGGAGUUUGCAAUCCGACCUAGACGAUACGAAGUUGGCCCUGGAUGAGUUUCAGGUGUCUUCUAAAGAGCUCGAAACUGAGCUUGAAAGAGAACUUCAGGCCACCGAAAAACAGCUCAAGGAAUUAAGGGGAAAGGAAGAACACUUGUUGCACGAAAUCGAUCAGUGGAAAAUCAAGUACCACUCUUCGUUAAAAGACCACACAAAGACGAUGACACACAUGCAGACCGAACUUGAAACAUGCAGAAAAUCUAACGAAGAAUAUCGAACUAGGCUUCGUGAUAUGGAGUUAGACAAUGACGAGCUGGAAGGUAAAGAACGGAUGGUGGCUAGUUCCCUACAAGACGUUGAAAGCAAGUACGGGAAAGCGAUCGAAAGGAUCACUCUACUCGAAGACGAACUGAUUGAGAAAAGUAAAUUGGAAGAAGAACAUCAGAGGCUGAAAGACGAUUUGAGAGAUAUGACCGAAGAAUUAGCCGUCUUGCGUGAGCAUCUGGCCAGUUCGGCAACCUCCCCGGCAGGCGAGGCCACCCGUCGCGUGCUGUCGCCAAGCCCUGAAGAUUGUCAACUAUCCACCCGAACAUUUUCGGAAACCCCUCUCAGUGAUCCAGGACUAGAAGUGUUGAAGGACACAGACGAGAUGUCUUCACCAUCACGACCAAUGAUCAGGACGAAACCAACCUCCGUGAUUGAUGCGCAAGAUUCCCAUCGACGCAGGCUGAGCUCAAUGGCUGGUGAGAUUGGCUCACCCAAGUCGCAAACCGCCAAGUCUUUGGCUAUUACCCAGUCGAAGAAAGCUGCAUCUCUGCGCGUCAAGCCUCACUCUGUUACUAUCAAGCCGCUUCAAAAUGUCUUCUCGCCCGAUCCGCGCUUGGCCGCAUCAACCUCAGUAGCUCCUAGAGCCAAACGCUCUCAGUCACGAAGCCGACCGGCUCUCGAAACGCCUACAAACCCUAGAAACCUGAAUAAAGAAAGCUCGCAUCUACAGUCCCUUCGUGCCGAGACAGAACGUAUGCAAGGGAUGACGAAGAAACUGGUCAGCUCGAGGAACUUGCGGACCGUCAGUGCUAUCCCCGUGCCCAAGACCUCCCUCCUCUCUAGCUCUAUCCAUUCCAAAUCCAAUCCACAUAGCAUCUCCGCUCUCAAUCGAAGUAGCACCACUCGCAGCCCAAGAAGGCCUCCCAACGGAGUCUCUCUCACAGCGUCAAGAAAUGUCACCCAACCAGCUACGUCACAAGAUAGAGAUCUUGACACUGGACUUCCUCGCCCCAGAUCAACACGACCAUUAUCGCGCCUUUCGAUCUCUUCUGACCAGCAACAGCAACAACAACAUCAACUGGGCAUCUCGAUGAUGGGUCCCUCAGAUGCGCCGCCCAGCUGUGCGAUUCCUAGACGGAAAGCAUCGAUCGACAUGACCGAACGAUUCCCAAGACCACUCAGUAUUCAAGAUGUUCAUAAGAGCCAUCUGCGCCGACAAAGUACCGGAUUCACCGGCCCGCCUCCUAAACUUGAUCCUAAUGAUAGAAAACCUAAAUUCUCUUCGAAUCCGCUCGGCAAAUCUUUUAGCACUUCGAUUCGUGCAGCCGGAUUAUCGUUUAAGAGAUGA